UAGUUAUUUUUUUUAAUUUUUAAAAUAAAGAUUGAACAAUGUGAACUGCGUUAGUGUUCAAUUAGUAAACAGAAAGGAAAAUGUGAAGGAAAUGUAGAAGCGUGAAACACGAUUGACGAUUGUUGAUUUGUAAUUGUUUCCACAAUUCGAAUUUCAAGAUGGGACAACAUGGCACGUUAAUUUGGAUCGGUAAUUUGACCGUGUGGUAUUUCUUGGUCACGUUGUUGGUCAAGGUGAGGACAAUUCAUGCCCUUAACUAUGCCACCACUGCGACAAAGGAUGAAAUCUUGCAAAGGAACUGCGCCUAUGCGAAAGGACUUCAUCCAAACUUGAUUCGAUUUGUGACCAAAGAAGGUUAUCAUAGGGAGAUUGAGGAUGUGGUUGAGGUUACAUUUACAAACUCACCUUUAUCCCCGUCCGACUUUAAGACUGGAGAAUGUAAACUGGCUUUAUUAGCCAAAUUUACCAGAGACAUGUACGUGGAUCCGUAUGAGAUUCAGAAUAUCCCCGGUCUUGCAGAAGAUACUCGAAUUCUUAAUAAUUGGACUGACUUGGAAGGACCGUCGUGGAGUGCAAUGUCAAAUUCAACAGUUUUUAUACAUUUGCAUUCGAUUCCAACGGGGAAUCUGAUUACCACGGAACAGCUUAAAUUUCCGAUACACUUUCGAUACCAGAAGCCUCUAAGUCAUUCCAGAUUUAAGGACAGAGUUCAACAAGGUCAAAUUUCGAAUGCUGGAGCUCUAGUCAAUCCCGCUGGAUACAUGAAGGUUAUCGUCCCCCUGCCGAGAUUAUUAUUGAGAUGCGAAGCCUGGAAUCAUCAUCCUCUAAUUGAAGCAAAAUGCCACGUUAUCAAGACAUUGUGUAAUAGCAAGUCAGCCAAAGACGAAUUGUGCGAAUGGAUCUCACUCCCUUUUAAAUCUAACUCUAAACAAGGAAGCCCAGUCUUUAUCCCGAGCGGAGACGUGGACCAAGUUCUUAUGGUGUCAGCAAUAACACUUUUGGUUGUUUUAGGAGGAACAGCUUUUCUCGUGCAUACGUUGAUACGAACAAACGAGAAGCUUGCUGGUUCGGCAGUGAUCACGGAUGACGAUGAUGGAGACAGCAAUAAAGUUCAUAAGGACUAAAAUAAUUUCAGUAUUAAUGCUUGUUUGUUAUGUGCAUACAUUCCAGUCUUGUCAGAAUUCAGCGUGCCAAUUUUAUACUAAUCAUACUAUUAUGAUGCCAAGAAAAUUGCAAAAUAUGUGGAGUAAUAAUAAAUGUAUACAUAAUUGUUCAGAAUA